AUGGCUGUGCAGCUGCCGCCGUCACCGCCGCAGAGGGUGACGCCGACUCAGGCUCUCGUCAUAGGCUCACGCGUUGUACAGUCGCUUUGCCGCCUACUUGUGUUCCUGUGCUCGUACCGUCUCCUGUCGGCCGACCCGUCCAUUGUAGCGUUAGACGCCCUGAACGUGAUGCGGCUGAUUAUGUUCGUCAUAACAGUGACGCUCGCGUUCUGGUCUUAUCAAAACGUCAAGGAAAUUCUACUUUAUUCGAUGUUCCUGGUAGCUCUCAGUCCGGUGGUCCGCAGUCUCGCCGAAACCGUUUCGACCGAUACGAUUUAUGCGCUGUCUACCGUUUUGUCGAUAGUGCAUCUUUUCCUGUCGGACUACACGCUCUCAUCACCACUUUCCGAGGUGUCUCUAUCUCUGAAUUCGCAAAUAUUCUCGUCCGUCUGCUUGGCGUCGAGACUCACGUCGAAUUCUGCCGUGUUCGCUCUGAUGUGCGCUUCAGCUAUUCUGUUCGUGACACUCGCUCGAGUGUCGAAAGAGUCCCGCAAGGAGCAUCUUUUUACAACCAUGCACGUCGUUGCGUCCUCCGGCUUCUUCUUCGUGGUCGAGGGAAGGAAUCGAGACGUCACUGUCGAGCUCUACCUCUGGGUUUCGCUCCUGUUCACGGUCGGGAUCGCUCUGCCUCUGCUCUACGUGAGACUACAAACCUCAAGGAAGAUCUGCUCGGGACCUUGGGACGAAGCCGUGCCUGGCCGCUCAGAACCCGCUCAAGCCCAGCGUCACGCCAAAAAAGAAUGA